AUGGCGGCAAGCGCGAGGGCGCAGAAGCCCGUCGGCUCAGCGCCAUGGAUUGCAGCAGAGAAGGAAAACAUGGCCGAGCUAGUGGAACAAGAAUUGGAAGAAGUGGAAUACCCUGUCCGACACGAAAUGGACUGGUUAAAUGAACAUAUGACCGAGAUCUUCUCUAAGGGCCAGGCGAACUUCGCGGAUGUGUUCAAGACGCCCGGAAAGAUGAGAGGCAAGACACCUCGAACCGCUCGGAAGCGUAUUCCCGAAGAGUCUCGAGUGCCCUUGAGCGAAAUAUUCUCAUCCGCCCAGAAACAAUUGGAGAACCAAGCAAGUCCGAGCCCAUUCAUUCAUCGUGUUGUUUCUAAGCCCGCUCCCGCUGCGGCAUCACCUAUGCCCCGCACCAAGAUCGCGACAGAGGAAGCUUCGCAACCCGAAUACCCCGAUCUCACCCAAAAUAUGAACUCAUUCCCUAAAUACAACACUGACUCGGGUUAUCAUGGCCUGCCCGAUGAUGAUGAGAUGGUACUACCUGACGUGCAACAAGAAUCACAGGCUUCUACUCAGCCUUCUACUGAGCCUUCUACUCAGCCUUCUACUCAGCCUUUCGAACAGGACGAGCCCAUGAAUCUGGAUACUCAAGAGGUCGACAUUUCGGCUAGCCAACAAACGAAUGAAGAAUCUUUCCACUCUGCGCGGGAAGAGAUCCGCUCCCGCGGAGUGACUGUCGAGCCGAGCAAGGACCCAACCCCAACCCAAGAGCGAACAGCGCGUCCGGCCGCAUCAGCUCCCAAAGAUUCUGAGACCGAACUCAUGUUGGCUACGACUAAGAAAAUAAAAUCGAAGUUAGAUGUCAAUAUAUCGAAAAAGCGCCAGAAUGAGGAACCCGAACCGAAGGAGAGUGAUCUGGCUGUCUCAAACCCUGAGCCAUCCCCAGAAAAGGCCCCGGUAGCCCCGGUAUCCCCAGUAGCUGCACCUGUCGAGACGCAAGAAUCUCGCCCAGAAGACGAGCAUAUGGAAGAUGCCACGAAAGACGACACAAUUCUCGACAAUCUUGAUGAUAUCGGCUCUCCUUCAGACGGUUCUACUCCAGAGCGACCAUUCGCUCGGAAAAGCAGCCUGAGCUUUGCCACCCUCCCUGCACGGGAACCUUUGAAGACUAGAACAAGCCAUGUUGACCUGGCGAAACUGAGUACUGCUGGGCGUCCCAGUUACUUUGGCAGGCAGACUGGUGGCCAUAGGAUUCCGCAAACUGCGACAGAGGAUAAUUCCAAUUCCAGGUCGUUGGAAAUUGACACCGAGAAAGAACGAGGUGAAGAAGCAGAUCCUGACCAGGCUACCAGGAUGCACAGCAAAAAUUCUACCCAGUCGUUGCAUGAUAGAAUCAGCAUGCUAGGCAAACUCCAGCCAUCUCGACCCAGAAAGUCAAUCCCAUCUGCUUCUGGGCUACCAGCUGGUCAGGUUUCCUACCCAGACCUUGCAGCUUCCAAGGCUGAAGCAAAGUCUGAAGCUUCUAACGAAAGUGCACAUGAGGCUCCAGGUCCAGAGCCCAUGUCGGUAGACGAUGACUGGAUCAAGCCUCUAAGCUCUCCCCAAAAAUCUGACCUUUCCAGGAGCAAGACCACAGAUGUCAUGGAGAAGCUUGCCGAAUUCGAAAAGGCGCGAGCAGUCAAUAGGAAAGAUACAUUGCAAACAGAGCCUGAACGUCCUAAAUCAUCUACCUCGAUAUUCUCUUCACCCCGACCGCACAGUCACCAACAAAGCGCUUCUUUCUCUCACACCGCUGUUGAUACUUCUACUACUCCAACAGGCUCGCCAAGACGCUUCGAUGGUCACCUCAGUGCUUCGAAGCUGAAACUGCACUCGAUUAUGAAAUCUGCCAAAGGCUUAUUCUCAAGCACUGGCAGCACACCACGGAUGGAACACUCGCCCGAGCAGGCGCGCAUUCACCCAAAUGCUGACGCAUUUACUAAAAAUGCCAAGCAUCUAUCCCAGCCGGUUCCUAUCACCAGUCCUCAGCGUCCAGAAGGCCGCCGGACACGAAGCUCAACCGAGAAAGAAGAGAAACGGCGCCAGCAUGAACGGGAAGAGCAGGAGCGUGAGGAUCAAGAAGAAGAAGAGCGUGUUGAGCGAGCUCGAGAACAGGAAAAGCAAAGAGCCCUUCAGCUCAAAGUCGCUCAGGACAAUUCCUCGGUUGAGCCAGAAGAAAGGGCAGGCUCCGCAGUACACAAGGCCUCCCAGUCACAGCGCCAACAAUCGCGCGAACCUGAAUCAGGUCAGGAGUCUAGCUCGAGAUUUGCCAUCCCUCAACCGAAGCCAAAUGACCGCCGUCCUCUCAAACCCACUCGCGAGCCCAUGAAACGUCCAACGCCGCAGCCCAUGUCAAUUCGUGUUGGCAGCACAAUGUCACGUCAACAAAUCCCUGUCCCAUCGUCUUCGGGUACUCAGGAGUCGGUUGUAUCUUCUGCCCCCGCCUCAAAGCCAACUCUGAAAAAGAAGGGUAGCAAUACAUCCUUGCAUACAGCAUCUUCUGCAAGCAGCUUUAAGAGCUCUGUUUCCAGUCAAACCCAAGCUCAGCGUAAGGCUCAGGUCGCUAGCGACCGCAAGAAGGAGCAAGAACGCGAGGCACGCCGGAAGGAAGAACAAAAGCGCGAGCUAGAACGCAAACGUGCUGCCCAGCAGCAACAACAACAAGAAGAGGCCCGUCGGCAGGAGCUGAGGAGUCGAGCUGAAGCUGAACGGGAGCGCCAGGCUGAAAGAGAGCGCCAGGCCGAACGGGAGCGCCAGGCCGAACGGGAGCGCCAGGCCGAACGGGAGCGCCGCGAACGAUCGGCUCAGGAAGAUCCAAACAAAGCCGCCCGUAUGGAGGCAAUCAAGAAGCGACAAGCAGAGAAUGCUCGCAAGCAUGGAAGGCAAGGCAGCCAGCAGAUAGUCAGUGAGGGCCCAAUUCCACAGCACGAGCAGUCAUAUUCUCAGUCUUCUCAGCGAAGCGAUUUGGGUGCUUCUCGUCCUGCUUCUCGCUUAGGUAGCUCAAUUCAGCCAUUCGGUGGCCGCAGCAUCAACCCUCCCGCGCCUAACCCUGCCAAACCGCCGAAGAGGGCCAACGAUGAAGCCAACCACCGACCUGCGCCAUCUAAACCCAGUAACGUGCAAUCAACUGGCGAGUUUAAACGGCGAAAGACGGAGGAUGAGCACAACCCUAUGCCACCUGUGCGCACAAUGGCGCAACCUAUCCGUCAAUCGAAUAUCAGAAAGCCUUCUACCCUUGGCCGCGGACAGUCUUCCAUGGCACCCCAGUCGGCCUCUUCUAGUUACAGAAAUGCCCAACCCCAGCGACCCGCUCACCCGAUAGUCACGUAUACGAACGGCAAGAUACCGUUUGCCGAGCCAAACCAUGCACCUCCUCCACCAAGCACGCACAAGGCUGCACCCAACUCUGCCCAGCGCCCACCAGCCAAGCCAUCCCCCAAGUACCCCAGUGGUGAAAAUAUCCACCUUCCGGAGAUCAACACUGAUAGUGAAGAUGAUGACGAUUCCGACUCCGAGAUGUUCCCUGUUCCCAAGUGGGCACAGGCGAAGGAACUGGAGGGUCUUCUCCGGCAGCAGGAUGGUAUGGAAGUUGACUCGAUCUUCGGACCAAUUGCACCAUUCUCUCUCGAAGACACCUUCAAGGCGGAUAAGAAAGUCAAGAAAUACCGUGACCGCACGAGCAGUGCGAACUGGUCUGGACCCGAUGGACUUACUCAAGAGGAGAUUCGGAAGGAUGUUGCUGAACGACAGCGGUUGCGGCUCAAUGGCGGUUGGAGCUUCAACAGCUAG